AUGGGGAUCUACCCAUUCAAACCAAGAGAAGUACUGAAGCGUGUACCAGAGUAUCAAGAAGAUGUGGCAUCAUAUGGGAUUGACAAUGCAUUGCUAGACUACUUAAAGCAGAUCAGGCAGCCAAAUCCUAUGAUAACAAAAAGAAACAAGAAAGUUAUGACUGUACCUAGAAAAUCAGUAUCAGUCGAUGAUUUACUGCUGACUUCCAAACUCUCAAAAUCUAAUGUAAGAGGCAAAGUCAAGUCAUCCAAGAAUACUACGACACUCACGAAGGUAGAUCCUGCUGCCUCACUCGCAAGUGUCUCACUCGAGAAUUAUCUCAUGUCUCAUGGAAGCCACAAAAAACACUGA